AUUCAGAAGCAGAAGGGAUAAAAAUCAGCCUUCUAAAUUCAUACACCUUAGGAUAAGCCCACCUGCAUAUUAUACUCACUUAGAUAGCUGCUCGAAAACUGCUAUACAAUGCAAACAGCUGACAGGUUGAAAUUUCAACCUACGAACUUACAGCGGAAAGGGCCCCAUUUCUGGCUUAUAAGCGGUUUCAAUUUGUUAGCAAAAAUGCAGUUUUUACCCAACUUUUUACCGAAGCAAAUUGUAUCGAUUUGACAUGUAAUCUGUAAAAUUUAGAAAACCGUGUAUCUCCGAAUCCGCGUAUCCGCGUAAAUGUUAUCGUAGGUUACCAGAAUCCCAAGUGCUUCAAAUCAUCUAAACAACCACCAAACGGGUUGUUGUUGUUGUUGUUGUUUAUUGUAUUAAGUGAUUGGCCAAACAAGCGGCCUUAUCACUGAAUUAAAACUAAAACUUAAAUAACUAACGCAGUGUACAAUGACAAGACAAGGGUUCUACACGGCAUAAGUCUCUUAACCUAGGAGGAAUCUAAACAGGCUUCGUUUAGCAGACGGUAAACGUCUCAUGCAUUCUAAAAAUAGCUUUUAUGUUUGAACUAUUUUUAGCAUUUAUUACUCGUAUUAAAUAAUACAAAACACAAUACAAUGCAGUAUAGGGCCGCGCGCACGAGCCGCACCGUGAGCCCUACCUGCUCGACCGGUAGCCUGUUACACACUCCUCUGGGUUCGGUGCGAUAUAGAUGAUUAACCCUUAUUCAAAAGUAAUAACCUACAGUUCUGGCCUAUAUUAAUUAACGUCCAUGACAAACCAAAAAUUCCAGUUAUGGUUGUUUCAAUUUAUUGUGGAACUACAAAACCCGCUAGUAUUGAGCAUUUUCUUAAACCGUUUGUCGAAGACUCAAAUCUUUUAAUGAAAAAUGGAGUAAAAGUCGACGGUAGGAGGGUGAACUUUAAAAUACGUGCUAUAAUUGCCCAUUCACCAGCUCGAGCCUUUAUCAAAGGUAAAAAAAAACAAAUACUGUUUAAAACAUUUAUCAUUAAAUAUUAAUUAAAAAAAUUAUAAUUUACAGGACUUGCCAACUUUGAUUCGUUCGCAGGCUGUUUAAAAUGCACCACCGAAGGGAUCAAACUGCAAGGAAAGGUUACAUUCCUCGAUUGCAACGCAUCAGAACGAACGGAUGAAGCCUUUCGGAAACAAAUGUACGGCGAUCAUCAUAAAAUUGAUUCGCCAUUACUGUUAUUAAAUAACUUUGAACUUUGAAAUUGUUAGUGAUCAGUAUUUAAUUGACUUAGGCGUAACAAAACGACUUUUGAUAGGCUUGAUUGAAGGUAAAUUUGGAUUUAAUAAAAGACUUUCUCCUUCUACACUUGCACAAUUAUCUGGAAUGUUGAUGAACAUACCAUUGCCAGCAGAGAUUCAUCGAAAAUUCCGCUCAUUUCAAGAUUUGCGUCAUUGGAAAGGAUCAGAAUUUUCAUCGUUUUCAUUUUAUGCAAGUGUUGUAUGUACAAAUCCAGAUCGUGGAAUCAGCUUAUCAGUCACGAUGUUGAAUUCUGAUCGUAUUAACUUAAUUUGUCGAUCCAUAGCAGCAAAUUUGUUGUUCAUCAUUUCUGAUUGUCGUUUUUGCUCCUCCUGUAUAUUUUCCAGUUUAACUAAAAUAUCCGAUAGGAUUUGUUAACCACUGUUUGCGCAUUGCGCAUAAAUUUUCCAAGAUUGCGCAUAAAUUUUCAAGAUUGUAUGUCCGAGAUAUUUAAACAUUUUUUGACAGAUAAAUAUAUCAAAUCGACCCGUUUGACAGAUAAAUAUAUGCGCAAUCUGAGAUUGGGCAUCGUCUUUUGCUACGGUAACACCAACGCCGGAGAAAUGAACAACUUCACGAAAAAUGGCAGGUUCGACACCAAUCUACAAGCAGUCUGAUAAUUCCAUAAUAUCUCGCAGCAACCAGCAAUCUAGAAAUAUCUAAUGCAAAUGGCGCACACAGUGUGUAGCGUCUUGCGAUGACGUCAAAGAAAAAAGCGCAAAGAAACAGAUCGAAAAACAGCGUUGCCGAUCAAGAACAGCCGAGCGAGAACAGGCCUUCAAGAACAGAAACAGCGGUUUUUUUUUAAUUGUUUGGCAACACUGUUUACUUUCAAUAUCAUCGUUUUACAUAGAACCAAAAAAAAACAUCGCACGUGGGUUCCAUACCGGUCUAAAAUGGUGUUAUUAAGUCGUCUUUCGGCGGUCUUUUGGUUACCCGAUAGACCGCCGAAAGACGUCUUUUCUUCUGUCAUUACCCACGCAACAAUCGAGCAGGAAAAUGUAUGGAGAUCUGUCAAAUUCCGUGUUGUUUGUAUGGACGCAGUACCAACGUCAUUGGUUUGGAAGCUCCCUUCACCUGGUUUCGCUUUGUCUGCCCGGUUCCCCGUCCUGAGCGUGUUGCUUCCAUACGAGUUUCAACUUGUCGCCGGUAGCUUCUUACUCCUUUUACGAGUUGUUUUUUCUUCAACGGUAGUGAGUGGUUGUACAUCAGCCAUUUUCAGUGUUUUGUUUGGUGCAAUCAAUACUGUAGUGAAUAUUUAUUUGGCGUUUAUUUUUGUUUUGGUCGUACAAAUCAACUAUUUCAUCGAAGUUUCAGGCUUAUUUCAAGCUAACACAAGCUUCGAAGGCGAUAUGUACUCAAAGAAAUUGAGAAAAUCGGGGUAAUUCGCUAAAAUUCGCCGAGUCAACCAAACCAAUUUUGAACGUGAAAUGCAAGCAUUGAUGGAUCCCUCACCUGGCUCUUCAGUUGUUCCUACUUCGAUUGAAGAAGACUUUGGCAUGCCAGAAGGCAUUGAUAGUGAUACUCAACUUUUGGAAGAUGAUGAAGACGUGGAAUCUAUUCCGUCAACUAAUACUGAUGCGGAGAGUGAUACCGAAGAAGAAAGCGAAAAUGACUUCCAAAAACCAUUUGAAACACUUCUUAGACUAUGGGCUCUUUCAUGCAAAGUUCCGCUAACAACUUUAACCAAACUGUUAAAAUUGCUUAGUCAUAAAACGGAUUUCAACCUGCCUAAAGACGCCAGAACGUUUUUGAAAACUCCUAUUCUUAUUGGCAAUCAAAUAGAAAAUGUGGCUGGUGGACAAUUAUGGUAUCGUGGAGUCGAGAAAACCCUAAAACAAUAUUUUUGCCAAGCUACACCCGCAACGAGCCUAAUUAAUAUCAAUCUUUCCAUGGACGGAUUGCCGUUACAUAACAGCGGACCAACACAAUUGUGGCCGAUUUUAAUGACGUUGCCGGAUUUUGAUCCAAUGCCAGUGUUGGUGGUAGCCAUUUUUUGUGGAGCAUCAAAGCCAGAAAAUGCUGAGGGCUAUCUUCGUCAAUUGGUGGACGAACUAAACCAUCUAUCAGACCAAGGAACCAUUAUUAAUGGAAAAAUGAUCGAUAUUCAGUUACGUGCAAUAAUUGCUGAUACACCUGCGCGCUCGUUUUUAAAAGGAGUUGCGUAUCAUAAUGCAGUGCACGGAUGCAUAAAAUGUAAGAGUCUAGGCACUUUUAUUAAAAGCGCACGAAAGGUUGUUUAUAAAAGUGUUCAAGGUGAACCUCGCACUGACAAGGAACUAAAAGGCGGUGUGUACAAAGAACGCGUGAAACGCACAUCUCCACUAUUUUAUUUGAAUGACUUUGAUCUUAUUGUUGGUUUCAUUAUCGCUGAUCUACUUCAUCUUAUAGAUAUAGGUGUAUUUCGUAAAUUGAUACAGGGUUUUGUCACUGGCGCCCUCAAGCCUUUUCCAAAAUGGUCACCAGAACAACAAUCACAGGUAUCAGCGCUGUUACUUAAAAUUAUAUUUCCCAGCGAUAUAAACAGGAAACUACGUUCAUUGAAAUAUUUGCCCUUUUGGAAAGCUUCAGAGUUUGGAAGCUUUUUACGUCACGCAAGUAUUCCAAUACUUAGUCGUUACAUAAGUAAACAAGGUUUUGAACACUUCAAGUUAUUUUAUGUCGCCGUCAUAUUACUAUCUUCUUCGAAAUUUGAAAAACACUGGUUAUAUGCCGGGAUUUUAUUAGAAAAGUUUGUUGCACAAUUUGCAACCGUUUACCACGAAAAUCAUGUUACAAGCAAUGUGCAUAAUCUUCUCCACGUUGUAACUGAUGUAAAAAAUCAUGGACCUCUUCCCAAAAUUUCCACUUAUCCUUUUGAAAACAAGUUGUUUUCCAUGAAAAAUUUGGUAAGAAGUGGCCCAAACCCAUUAGCACAAGUAGUUAACCGUGUGAUAGAAUUACAGGAAAUUGAAAUUGCUACAAAACGUUCUGAGCAAACAUAUCCUUUUACAAAAAUAACUAAACAGGAAGUAGUACUGCACAUAAACAAAAAUUUUAUGCUAAGACAAAGUCAUAAUAAUUGUUGGUUUUUAACUAAAAAUCUAAAAAUAUUCAAAUAUGUAACAACAUUUGAAAUAUUGGAUUGCGUUACAACUAAGGCAUAUGAAUUUACAAAAACGGCGAAUACAUUUUCGGAACCAGUUCCGUCAAGUGUAAUAUACAACUUUAAAGCUAAUGCUAUAGAUUUGUCAUCGAAUUUAAGUGAUGUAUUGAAGAUGUUAUGUGCAAAUUAGUGCUUAUAGAUUUAGGUAACGAAUUUUAUUUCACUCCUUUGUUACAUUCGCUUAUUUGAUAAAUUUAGGAGGUUAUUACGUAAAACAAAUAAAUUUCUUAUGUUUCCACAUGA